AUGGCAUCCUCUUCCGACCCCGGUCCGGUCUACUUCUGGAAGGAGUCUGAUCCAGAAGUUGGAUAUCUUUCACAGUGGUAUUACUGUCCUUUUUGCGAUGACAAAGAUGAAAGGAUAAUGUACAAGACCGCUGAACACUACAUGAUGUUCCAAAAGGCCAAGCUUUUUAAAGACGAAGAUACAGCCAUCGAGGUGCUCAGAGCAGCAACACCUCGCAAAGUAAAAUCCCUUGGACGCAAGGUCAAAAACUUCGACGAAGCAACAUGGCUCGAACAUCGCCGUGACAUUGUACGACACGGCAACAUUCUCAAAUUCACUCGUGCUAUUUCAGAAAAGGAGUGCAGAAAGGGCUCACCCAGUGGUAAGCCUCUCGAGGGAUCAUUACUCGAUACAUUGCUAUGUACGGGUGACAGAGAACUUGUCGAGGCGAGUCCGUUUGAUCCUAUUUGGGGUAUUGGGUUUAAAGCCGCCGACGCAGAGGCUGCGAGGGGUUCAUGGGGCGAGAAUCUGCUAGGGAAGGAGUUGAUGGCGGCCAGAAGUAUUCUGAGAGAAAAGAGAGAUCAAGGACAGCUGUAG